AUACACUCCAACCGCUGAAUUGAAAAUGAUUAUUACUUUUUACAAGCAACGUGUGAAGAAAUGUUUCGUGGUUAAUCAGUUUCAGAGAGAUGUAUUGCAAAAGACGUGGCUGACAUAAGAUCGUCCAGUGCUUAUGAGGAAUGAGAGAUGUGAAAACUUCAGGUUUCAUAAGUGUAUCCUUAGAUGCUAAGUAACCAGAGAAGAAGGUAGUAGUGGUAAUAGUAGUAGCAGUAGUGGUUGUAGUUAGUGAUAGUAGGGCUAGUAGUAGAUAAUUAAAGGUAUGAGGCAGGAUGCCCCAGCAUGCAAGGUCGUUUGUAAAACUUUGGUACUAACUCCAGGCUGUGGCCACGUGAUGGUCUCCAAAAAUAUAUUUCAUCUCGUUUUUACAUAUUUCAUAGGUCUGUUGUCGCAAGCGCAAGUGUUUUUCUUAGUUUGUUUCAGCUUUUAGGUGAGAAUGAGAACAUUCCGUAUAUCAGGAAUAAUGAUAUAUUAGUAUAAUUUUAAUUUUAGCUUACAUUUGGUGUUUACUAUUUCUAUUAGGUACAUAUUUUACGAACCUAUCUACUUUUAGCUAAGAUGUGGUUGCACAUUUCUUAUUUUUACAUAUUUGCUGUUCAAAAACUUUCAGGUUUUCUUUCAGAACCAUAGCUCAAAUAUUUUUAUCAAGCUUUGGCAGCGGGACUCCCCCAAUUUCAGGAAUGGCACACGUUAUAGACAACCCGAGCGUGAUAAGCUUGAGAUAAUGAAUAAUUUGUAUAGGCAACUGUUCCAAAUAAUGCUAUGCCUGGAUAGCUGGAUAAUGUUUCAUUGGGCAUGCACGAGUCGAGUAAAGAUAGAGGUUGAAUAGGAACAAUAUAACAUGUUGACAAUGAUUAAAGUCCCGAUGUAUAGAACACAUAUACAUAAAAAUUCUUACAGGAUAAAUCUGUGGAUAAUAGCAGUAUGGUCUACUGUCAAUAUAUUGAUGAAAUUCUACGAAAUACAGCCAGGUUCCAAGCAAAAGCUUCUAAUAAUGUUCACGAUUUCCAUACAACUUUUGAAGAAAUUUCGGGACAUAUUUGGAAACCAACAUAAUGAGGCCAAAAGUUAUAUUUCUUCACCCUUUUGAAGAUGAUUGCAGGCUGGUACAUGCAGAAUGAAGAUCAAUUGAAUUGAUGUAAUGAACAGGUUAAUAACUGUGGCAUGAUGGUGGAUUAUAGAUUUUCGAUUGAACAACUGAACCCAGAACUGUGGAACGACUUGAUUUUUCUUCACCUGAUACAGAAUCUGAGCAGUGACGGUUGAGGUUUUCUAGGGGUUUCCCUCGCCCAAGUGCGAAUGCAGUCACCAAGAAACCAUAUUCCCCUAAUAGAUAGUAGAGAAA